AUGCCUUUGAAAGAUGAAGUAGAAUCAAGGGGGAAACGUGGAAAUGGACGUAAAUCUAAUUGGACAGUGUUAGGAAAGACUGGUUUUCCUAUAGGUGUGGCUUCAGGAAAGGGAUCUUCAACUUCUAAAUCUACGUCUUUUCGUUUGUCUAAAACUCCAUUUGUAGAAACAACAUAUGUUCCUGUUAGAGGUUUUAAUAGUGUAGAAGUUUCUUCAUACUUAAAUAAAGAAUGGAAAUCCGCCUUAGAUCGGGCCAAUGAUGCAUCAUUUCCAGCUAAAGAUAAACCAGAGAUUUAUAAAAUGGCAAAUAAUGAAUGGAUGACAAAGAAUGGGUCGACUACAUCUAUUUGGAGCGGCCGAGGCCACUUGAUGGCAAAAGGGACAGCCUUUUUAACAGAGCUUCGGAAAAGUGUAAUAUCUAACAUUGCCGAACCUAAAGGUGGUUAA